UGACUUUUUGUUAUUUAAAUCUGAUAUAAAAUUUGUUGUUUUUUUUUUGUCUUUAGGCGUUUUUAGAAAUGGCGUCGGAGGAAGCGGCCAUCACCAUGGUGAACUACUACACGUCGGCGCCGCCCACCAUCAGGAACCAGCCAAUCUUCAUUCAGUACUCCACCCACCGCGAGCUCAAGACUGACAACCUGACCAAUCAGAGGGCGGGGCUGCAGGCCUUCAGUGCAGCAGCAGUGCAUUCUGGGAUCAUGGCGUCAGGUGGCGAGGGGCGGGGCUUAGCUCCUGGUCAGAGUCCCGUCCUGAGAAUCAUCGUGGAGAAUUUAUUUUACCCGGUGACGCUGGAGGUCCUGCAGCAG